CACGUUUCCCAUGAACCUGGCCUGACAUGUUCUUACUCUUCAACAAACAGCAAAAUCAGGCAUCACCGGCACUUAAUUCUGCACAGACACUUUGAUAAGGUCAUUCACACACAUCCAUCACACACUCACAAAUGUUUGCAUUCCUGUUGAAUGGAGUAAAACCAUCUAACAUCACACACUAGCACACAUCUCUCAUUCAUACAAGUUUUCCUCUUUCUUUCCUGGUUUUACUGUAAAUUUAUAAGAACUUCUUCCUUUUAUACCCCUCUUCUGUCCAAAGAUAUUAAGGUGAUUCAUGGGUUUUGACUAAUAGAUAAAGACAUUUUAAAAACACAACUCAUGCAUUCAGCUGGUUUUCUUUAAAGGCUUUUCUUGGUAACUGAAUAACACAACAGGGCUGUUUCCUUCUGAACUGCAACUUGAUUUCCACUUCACAACAAAGAUCUGUAAUGUCCUGUCCUGUCUGCACUGACCACAUCCUCCCUCCACUGAAAGUUGGGCUUUACGGAUAUCAGUCAGAACAAUGGUCAAGGAUAAGGCAGAGAUCCAGCAGUUGUGCGAAACGUAGAGUUAAUCAUAAAAAUUGCUUAGUUAUUACAAAGGUGAUAAGCUGAAGAGAAGGCAUUUAUUGAUGCCAAAACAGUCUCAGGUUCCAGUUUAUCUCCAGGUGCUGGAGCAGGAAGAAGACCACGGUGAAACUUUGAGACACUAUCAGGUAGGUGUGAUAAGCAGCUCUAUAUUAAACGAAGUGUUUUUAAAGUGUUUCCAGUUUUAGGAUUUUAUAUUUCCAGAAGGGAAUUCCAUCUUGAAAAGAAAAGGUGAUCUUGUGAAGACCUGGCUGGGACAUUUCAGUGUUACAAUUCAAAAUCAACCUCCCUGCCACUGUUUCUGCAUUUAAAACAGAGUCCUUUUUUUAGAGCAGUCCAGGUCUUAACCUGGCUUGCGUGUUACGUCUCUAUUCAGGGGUCUGGACUUCUGUUGUUUGCUGUUAAUUAUAUUUGAUAAGUCACUUUCAAAGGCAAGGCAGGAUCCUCUUCCUCAAUUAAUGUGGUUAAUGGAUCUCAGAGCCACAUAGAGAGGGAGCAGCGGUCCUCCAGGCAGCAGAGGCGAGAUGAUGCGACCAGCAGCUAAGCAGUAUGUGGUGACCAGGCCACUGUACUCAGAAAACUCCUUUGCUGAGGAGCAUGAGAGAGUCUACAGGCACCGCAAAACUAUCCUGGAUCACAUCAGCCAGUACUUCACAUGUGAUGCCAAAAGAGCCAAGAAUGCAGCUCUCUCCCUUUUGCCAGUAAUCAGCUGGAUGAAAAUUUACCGACUCAAAGAAUGGCUCCUGUCCGAUAUCGUGUCUGGUGUCAGCACGGGGCUGGUGGCUGUCCUGCAAGGUCUGGCCUACUGUUUGCUGGCCUCUCUGCCACCCUGGUAUGGACUCUUCACUGCCUUCUUCCCUGUUGUCAUCUACUUUUUCCUCGGUACCUCCAGACACAUCUCAGUGGGGCCAUUCCCAGUCUUGUGUCUGAUGCUUGGUUCGGUGGUCACCAGGCUGGUCCCAGACGACAGACCACCCGCCAACAUCACAGGGUUUGAGGGCUUGACAAGCGACGAGCAGAGAGUGUUAGUGGCCUACUCUGUGUCCUUCCUUAUUGGCAUCAUGCAGCUGGGGAUGGGAAUACUACAGGUGGGCUUUGUUGUGAUGUACCUGUCAGACACUCUGGUCUCUGGCUUCACUACAGCAGCUGCCAUUCACAUCCUGAUUUCUCAGCUUAAGUUUGUGCUGGGGCUGACAGUUCCAGGCAUCAGCGGGCCGCUCUCUAUCAUAUAUACCUUGGAGAUAAUAUUUAACAAGAUUAAGUCUACAAAUGUGUGUGAUGUGGUGAUCGCUCUGGUGAUCAUGGUGGUGGUGUUUAUUGUGAAAGAGCUGAAUGACAGAUUCAAAUCCAAACUGCCUGUGCCCAUCCCAAUAGAGGUCAUCAUGACUGUUAUUGCAUGUGGAGUUUCAUAUGCAUUUGACUUCAAGACGAGGUAUGGCAUUGAGGUUGUCGGCCAAAUUCCACAAGGGUAUGAAACUCCAAUGGCCCCAAACCUUGACAUCUUUCAGGAGACAGCAGUGGAAGCAUUUCCGAUGGCUAUAGUGGGAUUUGCUGUUGCUUUCUCUGUAGCAAAAGUUUAUGCUGUAAAACAUGAUUACACGAUAGAUGGGAAUCAGGAGCUGAUAGCCUUUGGAGUCAGCAACAUCUUUGGAGCAUCCUUCAAGUCUUUUGCAGCGAGUACAGCUCUUUCAAGGAGUGCAGUGCAGGAAAGCACAGGGGGGAAAACUCAGGUGGCUGGCUUACUUUCAGCUAUCAUAGUGAUGGUUGUUACUUUGGCUAUCGGUUUCCUUUUAGAGCCACUUCCAAAGUCUGUGCUGGGUGCUGUGGUCAUCGUCAAUCUAAAGGGCAUGUUGAUGCAGGUCACAGAAAUCCCAUACCUCUGGAAGAGGGACAAACCAGACUGUGUGGUAUGGGUUGUUACCUGUAUUGCAUCCACACUGCUGGGGCUUGAUCUUGGAUUAGCUGUCGGUCUUGGUGUGGAGUUGAUCUGCGUUGUCCUCAGGAUUCAGUUCCCUCGCUGCAGCCUACUGGCUAACAUUAAGGGAACAGAUAUCUACAAAGACAGAAAAGACUACGUCAGUAUAUAUGAAACAGAGGGAGUGAAGAUCUUUAGGAUCCCAUCACCAAUCUUCUUUGCCAACUCAGAUUUCUUCAGGAACAAGCUAGUGGAAGCUCUUGGGUUUAAUCCACUGCGAGUGUUGAGAAAGCGGAAUAAAGCACUGAGGACCAUCAAGAAACUCCUGAAGAAGGGUGACCUGCAGUGGACUUCUAAGGGUUUCCUGAAUGCCUCAUGUGGGCCCAUCGAUGAAUCAGAAGAUGAGAGCAACAUGGAGGGGCUGGACCAGCCAACUGACUUCAAUGACCUACCUGUACGGAUCAACUGGAAUGCCGAACUUCCCGCCAACAUCAGCGUUCCUAGAGUGGACAACCAUAGCCUGGUUCUGGAUUUUGCUGCAGUCUCUUUCUUGGAUAUAUCUGCCCUGAAAGGACUCAAAACAUUGCUGAAAGAGCUGAUCCGUGUUGAGGUGGAGGUGUACAUUGUGGCUUGUGAUCCUUACAUCCUGGAGAAACUCCAUAAGUGCUGCUUCUUCGAUGACGAGGUCGAAGCAUCCAUGUUCUACCUAACGCUGCAUGACGCCAUGCUGCACAUUCUAGAGAAACAUCCAGAGUUUGCAGAAAAUAAACCAGACUGUGAAAAGAUAAUCACAACAGUCACAGUUCACCACCCUGGAAGCAGUUUGAGGAUCAGAGAUAGAAAUGCUCCAGAUCCAGAAACUAGAUUAUAGUCCAAAUAAAACCCUGAUGUCCCCUGGGAAAGAACAACUCGUAUUUUCAUGACAAUUC